AUGUCUGCUGCUCGUUUCAUGACGGCAACGGAGAGUGACACCUCCACACACAACACGAACCAUGACCGAAUGCCCGACUCCGCCGCCGCCGCCUCUGCCAACGAUGGCGACGAGGAGGAGGAGGAAGAAGAAGAGGACGACGACGACGACGACGACGAUGAGCCCAAGCUGAAGUAUGCCAGGCUGACGGGAAGCCUGGCAAACGCAUACCGCAACGCCGACUCUACCUCUGCCUUUGCCGUGGUGGGCGACAAGAUGGUCGUGGGCACACACAAUGGGAGCAUACACGCCUUGGCUGUGCCUGCGCUGGAGAGCCUGCGAACGUAUCGCGCCCACCAGGCGACAGUCACGAGCAUAUCGAUCAGUCCAGUACCACCAGCUCCAGUGCUGGUGAGGCGUGAAACAGGCAGUGCGGCCAUGCUGUCAAGUCCUCCGCCAAGCAGCAAAGGCAUACCGGCACCAACAAGGACGAGGACGGGCGUGAGCAACUCUAGGACCCCUCCGAGACAGCAGGAACCCGUCCCGAAUACGCCCAACAACCAGAUCUACAUCGCGACGAGCUCUUUGGACGGCCAUGUCUGUGUCUCAUCUUUGAUGGAUCCAGCGCACGUACAGCUGCGGAACUUUGCGAGACCAGUCAAUGCGGUGGCUCUCAGUCCGGACUACGAAAACGACAAGACGUAUCUCUCUGGUGGUCUAGCAGGAAGCUUAAUACUAACAGUGGGAGGAAAGGCCGGUGUCAGUACGGACGCAAACACGAACAGCGCCGCAGCAGCAGCCUCGGGCUGGCUAGGAUCAAUAGGCCUGGGAAGCAAUACUGGGUCCGACAAGAGCCUGCAUUCGGGUGAGGGAGCCAUCAACAGCAUCAAAUGGAGUCACAGCGGGAAAUGGGUUGUUUGGGUGAAUGAGGAGGGCAUAAAGAUCAUGCGAAGUCAUCUGAAGCUGGGGAGUGAAGAUCAGGAAGACGCGUGGAGACGGAUAGCACAUGCGGCGCGACCGAAUCGCAAAGGCUGGGAAGAUAUGGCUGGAGUGUGGAAGGGCAGAUGUGAAUGGAUCGAUGAGAAGACGCUGGAAUCAGAUGAUCUUACAACCGGAGGUGGACAUGACAAUGCGCUGGAUGCACAGGUCACCAACGGCAACGAUCCCGUGCGGUCAAGGACAUCCACAAAAGGCAAGAAGGUUGAGAAACUGCUGGUCGGGUGGGGAGAUACUGCUUGGGUUCUCCACGUCCAGACUGGAAGCUCGACCGCACAAGGCCCAAACGCAAAACGACAGAUUGGAAGUGCAGACAUCAUUCACAAGCUUCAGUUCCGCGACUGUAUCAUAUCUGGAAUCAGCUUUUACACCCCGUCAUUGCUCGCAAUCCUGGCAUACCGCACGAGAGACGAUGACGAUCAUCUCAUCAACGCCCCUCACAGUGUUGGCAAAGGUGCCAAGGAUGAUACACCUCGCAAGGCAAGACAGCACAGACAUACAAGUCUGGCACCCCAGCUUCGACUGGUGAAUGUCGUCAACGGGGAGGAAGUUGAGCUUGACGAACUGUCAAGGAUAUCGCGCUACGAGACGCUAUCUGCACAGGACUAUCAUCUCGGUGCACUCUACAUGCCUCCGCCGUUGCCGGAUAAAGCAGCGAAAGAGCAGACCCGAGGAAAGUUGGAGGACAUCUGGGAUGUUACCAAGAACGCGACGGUUCAGACCUUAACAGUCGGUGGCUACGCGACUCGUAUGUUCUCGUCAGGUGCCAGCAUCAUGAGUGGGAGCAGCGAUGGGCGCGGCACGAAUGGCAGAACAGGAUCCUUCAGGCGGCAGGGAUCUGUACAAGACGUCACGCCUACUCCAGAAGUGACGAGACGACCAGUUGAUGCGCAUCCUUAUACGCUGGAACCUGGUCUGAAGCUUUUCAUCCACAGUCCGUACGAUUGCGUGUUGGCUGUCAAGCGAGAGCUGUCGGACCACUUAGAGUGGCUGCUUGAGCAUCAACAGUAUGGCGAGGCGUGGCAGCUCAUUGACGAACAUCCCGAAGCUGUGGAUACAUCUGCCUCUGAUCUACAGUCUUCCACAUCCCAGCCAAGCUCACCCAUAAAAUCUGGCGUCGGUCAGAAUGGAAGUCUGGCUGAUUUCUUCGCCGACGAGAACAGCUCACAAUCGACAGGUGUGAAUGCCCUACGAGCACACAACUCCACCGCACAGAAAGAGAAGCGCCGUAUUGGAGAUCUUUGGAUGCAGCAGCUUGUCUCUGACAACGAGUGGGAGGAAGCUGGUAAGAUUGCCGGCAAAGUCCUAGGCACCAGCAGUAGGUGGGAGCAUUGGGUCUGGACUUUCGCUCAAGCAGACAAGUUUGACGAGAUCACGCCAUACAUACCCUCGACUGCCCUGAAGCCGCCACUUCCUACUCUGGUGUACGAGGUCAUCCUGGGACAUUACAUUGGGAAAGACCGUGAACGACUGAGCAAGCUACUUGAUGUAUGGGAUCCGGAUCUGUUUGAUGUCAAAAGUGUCAUCUCGGCUAUCGAAGACCGCCUUGAGAGUGGCGAGGUCACCGAGGACGGCACGGAGCAUGGCAUCCAAGGUCGAGAUUGGCGCAUUCUUAUGGAAGCGCUGGCACGACUGUACUUCGCGGAUGGUCGAGCAAGAGAUGCCUUGCGUUGCUACAUUGCGCUUCAAGACGCCGAGAAAGCUUUCAGUUUGAUACGGGAAGAGAAGCUGAUGGAUGUCGUGGUCGAUGAUGUGCCUGGCUUGGUGAUGCUACGGAUCAGCCGCGAGCAGAUGCGUUCAGCACCGCUUUCCGAGCUUGAAGAGGCGAGCUCAGAAGCCAUACAGCUAUUGAUUGACGAGGCACAUCGCGGGACAGUACCUGUGAUCUCUGUUGUCCAGCAGCUGACACGAAAGGGCGACAAUUUCCAGCCAUUUCUCUUCUUCUAUUUCCGAACCUUAUGGAAGACUGGUCCAUCAACAAAAGCCCCGGCCCCCUUCCGAAGAGGCGGACCAUUCGACACGCGCAAAGAAGAAAGCCACGCCAUGGUCGAAGAUCAUGCCGAUCUGGCAGUCAAGCUCUUUGCCGAGUACGACCGCGACCUACUAUACAACUUCGUCAAGGCCAGUCAAAUGUACAGCUACGACAAAGCUGCUGAGAUCUGCGAGCGAAGACACUACAUUCCAGAGUUGGUUCACAUCCUGAGCAAGACCGGGCAGACUAAGCGAGCGCUGUACUUGAUCAUUGGUGAGCUAGGUGAUGUGAGCCAAGCUAUCAGCUUCGCGAAAGAGAACCCUGACCUCUGGAAUGAUCUACUCGACUACUCGAUGGAUAAGCCGUCCUUCAUCAAAGGUCUGCUAGAAGAAGUAGGUGCCGCUGCAGCAUUCAAUCCCAUCGAUGUCGUGCGCAGGAUCCCGGAAGGUCUCGAGGUUGAAGGUCUCAAACAAGGCAUCCAGCGCCUUGUUCGGGAGUUCGAGAUCCAGAUGUCGAUAUCUGAAGGCGUAGCGAAGGUCCUCCGCGGUGAAGUUGGCAUGGGCAUGGACACUUUGCGUGCCGGCCGUAAGAAGGGCGUCCGCUUCGAAGUGGUGCAUGAGAGCCCAACAGACGUUGACCUCGCUGUCCACGAUCCGCCGACAAAAGUGCCCAAAGAUGGCGAAAGCCUCCCAGUGCCUAAACGCAAGGCAGAGAAGCCGGUUGCUAAGCAAGUCAAGCCAGGACAUUGCGUUGGUUGCAGCGAGCCUUUCCGUGAAGAUGACAAAGAAACUCUCAUCGGCUUCGCCUGCGGGCACGUAUACCACCUCUCCUGCCUGCUCGACGCAAACCCAGACACGAACAAGAAAGAGGCGGACAACGUUCUUGAUCAACUCGCCACAGCCGCGGAAGAAGAUGACGGUGGGUAUGGUGGCCGGAGCGUGGGUGGGAAAGUGGCGCAUGCGCACAUCAUCAAUAGUGUUGUCAAGGGAGGCUGUCAGCAUUGUAUCAUUCCAGAGGGCGCUUGA